AUGGGUCUAUUCGGCCACAUGCGCAUCCACAAGAGCGGAAUUGACCGCAGCCUUGACACAUCCACCGCGCCUAGCCCCACUCCCAAUCCACCACCUUGUGCACCCACUAACCACUCCCCAGCCGGCAUCGACGCCACCGACCUUACCACCCCUCACUCCUCCCCUUCCUCCUCCUCUUCCUCCUUCACUGCCACAACGACGGCCGCUUCGGCGUCUGUCGCCCACGACUUCACCACAGCCGAACCUGACACAACAACCGGCACAACCCCUGCAACCCCCAUCAUCAGACGUGAGGGCCAGGACUACAUCUGCCCUCACUGCGAUCGCACCUUCACUUCACGCAUCGGCCUGGUCGGUCACUUGCGAAUCCAUCGCACAGAGACUGGCGAACCAGUGCCUGGAGCACCAACCUACACUCACCGCACUCGCCUCCACUGCCCACACUGCCCUCGCACCUUCACGCAUCGCAUGGGUUUAUUCGGCCACAUGCGCAUCCACGACGACCUGCGGUAG